CUCUUUCCCUCAUCUGGCCUAAUUCACUCUCUCUCUACAGCCAUCUAAUAUCUGUAUCUAAAUCGUGUGUGUCUCUCUCCAUCAUUUGCGAAACUCGAGAGAGAGAAAACCCCUUCGCCAAACCCUAACACCAAUUUUUCUCCACUGGAUCGUGUAGAAAUUCUCUCUCUGGUCGAUACAUUUGAAUUCGGAUCUUUCAUUUUCUGAUUCAGAGGUGAACCAAUUCGGAUUGGGAGGCAGCUAUGACUCGGCGGUGCUCCCAUUGCAGUCACAACGGCCACAACUCACGGACGUGUCCGAACCGUGGAGUGAAGCUGUUUGGAGUUCGAUUGACCGAUGGAUUGAUCAGGAAGAGUGCGAGUAUGGGUAACUUGACCCACUACACCGGAUCAUCAUCCAAUACCAGUACUCCUCAAAACGGUGUCGCUCACGACUCUCCUGGCGACACCCCCGAUCGCGGUGCCGCUGCCGAUGGUUAUGCUUCCGAGGAUUUCGUGCCCGGCUCAUCUUCGAGCCGAGAAAGAAAAAAAGGUACUCCAUGGACUGAAGAGGAACACAGGAUGUUUCUGCUUGGUUUGCAAAAGCUUGGCAAAGGUGAUUGGCGGGGCAUAGCACGCAAUUAUGUAAUUUCAAGAACACCUACUCAGGUGGCCAGUCAUGCCCAGAAGUAUUUCAUCAGGCAAAGUAAUGUGUCUAGGAGAAAAAGACGUUCCAGUUUGUUUGAUAUUGUAACAGAUGAAUCACCCGACACGCCAAUGGUAUCAGGGGCUGUCUAUGCUGUUAACCCUCCCCAAGCAGAGACACAAAGUGACAACCCAUUGCCUACUGCUGCUGUGGAUGAUGAAUGUGAAUCAAUGGAUUCUACCCACUCUAACAACACUGAAAGUGUACCUCAAAAGCCAGAUGGCUCACAAUGCGCUUAUCCAGUUCUAUAUCCUGCUUAUAUCGCCCCAUGCUAUCCAUUUUCUUUUCCAUUUUGGUCGGGGUAUGGUGCAGAGCCAGCAAAAACAGAAACUCAUGAAGUGCUUAAGCCAACAGCAGUUCACUCGAAGAGCCCAAUUAAUGUUGAUGAGCUGGUUGGCAUGUCGAAACUGAGCUUAGGGGAUUCCCUUGGCGAAGCAGGGCCAUCCUCGCUCUCACAAAAACUGCUCAAUGACGCCUCUAGGCAGUCAGCUUUCCAUGCUAAAACUGCCCCCGACAGUUCCGACAUGAACUCAAGCAGCAGUCCAAUCCAUGCAGUUUAGAAGCUAAGAGUUCCAUACUUUCCAUAUGGAGAUUGUAGGUUAGCUCAGUACUGGUGAGCUCUGGAGAUUUCCUGUUAAUACAAAGACAAUAAUGUGUAGUCUGGUUUGGAUUAUAGUUGCCGGGCACCUUAAUAAGCUUGGGUUUAGGGAUCAUUAACUUAUGUCAGUUUUUGCCUUGUAGGCUGUAGCAACUCCUGUCUGAAAUUAUUUGAAUCUUCUGAAAAUUUUGAUUUUUAAGUUCUUUUGUGUCGUCAACGUUCAUUGCUGGUUACAUUCUACUUAGAACACUUGAGCUGUUAAUAUUUUUUGGUAAAAAACAUUUUCAUAGCAAAUCUAUGUAUUAUAUGCAUGGAGGGGCCUCUUAUAAUUAGCAUUGAUAUGGUUUUUCAGGAAAGAGGAGAGAGAAUCAUUGUAUAGUCAAUUGUGACAUGGUCUGUUAGUUUUCAGCAGAAAAUGAGGUACGGUUUUGUUGGUAAUUAGUUCUUGAUUGUGGAGGACAAGGCUCCUGUAGGGAAGGAUCUGG